GAUGCACUGUUGAUCAGUUAGAAACUCUGUUUAUUAUUUAAUACUGUAUUUUGAGUUUAUUUCGGAACUUCUUUCAACUUCUUGAAUAAUUAUGUCAGAAUACAAACCAGAAUCAUCUACUUCACCUAAACCCUCAGAAGAGAAAAAAACCAUGAGUGGUUUUUCAAUGUCUAUUCAAUCAAGUAAAACGAAAAUUUUAGGAAAUAAAAGUGUUUUAAAGAAACGCAGAAUAACUGACGAUCAGGAAGAAGAAACAGAACGACAAACUAUAGAGUACAUUUCUGUGUUUGAAGAUAAAAAAUCUAAAAAUCUCAAUCUAAAGAAAAAACAAACUCAAUCAAGAACAACUAAGAAAAGUACAAAUGAAAAAGAUAAUAAAGAUUUAGAUGCUCCAGAAUAUUUAACAAAUAAUGCUGGAUUGUCUUUUGGUUUAAAUAUUACGAAAAAAUCUACAAACAAUCCAAAGGAAAAACGAGAGAGUAUAUUGGCAAAAAUUAAGAAUAGUCAAAAGAAAGAACAAUUAAGUGAUAACAAAGACAAUAAAAUUUUGUCAAAUGAAAAACUUGAACCUGAACCUGAAAAAUCAUUAAAGGAACAAGCCUUGGAAGAACUUUUAAAAGAACCAGAAAAAGAGGAGACUAUUGAUGAGCCAGAUGAGGAGCAAAUAAUUAGAAAGACAUCGUUUAAAUUGUUAAAUGAAGAUAUAAUUAAAGAUAAAACACAUUCUCGAAAACGAAAUCGUAGUCCAAGCAGCGAGUAAAUUAAUUUAAAUAUAAUUACAUACUCGAAAUUUUAAUAAUUCGGAUUAUAUGAAAUAAAAUAAUAGAUGAGUUAUUAUAUUGAACAAUAUCUGAUUUUGUGCAGAAAUAAUAAAUAUAUAUUAUAUGGUGCCGUUCAUUUCAAUUUUGACAUAAUAUAUGCGUCAAUUGAAUUUUGAGUUU